UCCACGCUCAUCACGCUCCAUUUGGUCUAACCAAUGGACAUCCACCACCCUGUGCCACAUGGGAGGCACUCCCAGUCCUGUCCCAUUGUGUCAGGUCCCGUGCGGCGCCGUCCCGUCCGUGCCUGGUCUAUUAUCCACCACCCUGUGCCACAUGGGUGGCACUCCCAGUCCUGUCCCAUUGUGUCAGGUCCCGUGCGGCGUCGCCCCGUCCGUGCCUGGUCUACUAUCCACCACCCUGUGCCACAUGGGUGGCACUCCCAGUCCUGUCCCAUUGUGUCAGGUCCCGUGCGGCGUCGCCCCGUCCGUGCCUGGUCUAUUAUCCACCACCCUGUGCCACAUGGGUGGCACUCCCAGUCCUGUCCCAUUGUGUCAGGUCCCGUGCGGCGUCGCCCCGUCCGUGCCUGGUCUAUUAUCCACCACCCUGUGCCACAUGGGAGGCACUCCCAGUCCUGUCCCAUUGUGUCAGGUCCCGUGCGGCGUCGUCCCGUCCGCCCUUGGUCUAUUAUCCACCACCCUGUGCCACAUGGGUGGCACUCCCAGUCCUGUCCCAUUGUGUCAGGUCCCGUGCGGCGUCGUCCCGUCCGCCCUUGGUCUAUUAUCCACCACCCUGUGCCACAUGGGUGGCACUCCCAGUCCUGUCCCAUUGUGUCAGGUCCCGUGCGGCGUCGUCCCGUCCGCCCUUGGUCUAUUCCAAUCUUGCUCGGUCCCGUCCACGCUCAUCACGCUCCAUUCGGCGCCAUCCUGGACAGGAAGGGGCCGUGUGGUCCCUCUCCGCCCUUCAUGAUUUCUGCCAGUGACGUCCGGGCCCGUUUCGUGCCAUCCGGUACGUCUGGUGCCAUCCGGUCCCGUCUGGUCUCACCACGCUCCAUCCGGUUCCGUCCGAUCGCGUCCGGUCCAGUUCGGCUCUGUCCGAUCCCAUCUGGUUCCACUUCGUCCUCUCGGUUCCGUGCGGAACCCUUGCCGGGUUGGCAGUGGUUUUUGUUUUUGCGACAUCGUCAUACAGUCAGCUAAAAGCGUCUUAGGUCUUCAUCUUUACAAAAUCAACGGAAAGCUCUAUCGCAGGAUCACGCGUCGGUUGAUUUGAUCCGGCUGGGGGACAGAUGUGUGGCAAAGCGUAGUUCAUUGUUAAUACAUGGUUAAUGCGCGUAAACGAAGGUGCUAGAAGCAUUCAAAAAUGCCUUAUGUAUCCUCUGAUGUCGUUUGUUAUUUAUUUAUACCGUUUCAGGAUGUGAGGCCUGCGUCUGCGAUGCCCACACGGCGUCAUUGCACCAAACCAAAGCCCAGUCAGAAUUGCUUUUUCAUUUGCCAAAAAUAUGGUAAUUCUUCACAUCGUUGAUCGCCUUAAGCUGUCAUUCACUUUCUCUGCUUUGAAUCUGCAUCAUUCAGGUCAAAUGACUUCAUUUCUCCAACGACUUAAAGGAUUUCUGACUUGUUCCAGUUCUUUUGUUUUCUUGGCUUUUACGCCACUCUUUAAAAAUUCCUUGCCAUUAUACCGUUAUUUAAUAAAAAAAACUUGCAUGUUGACAUGGCAUGUGCAUCAACUUCUACACACUAUCCUCUAACACAUUCACAGUCGCUUUGGCCGUGAAAGUUAGUAUAGCCAUAGCCAUAACACCUGUGGUCACAUUCUCUGCCUAUGAUGAUGCAUAAAUUAUGCACUAGGUUGUGUUAGGAUGGGGCACUUUGUUUAAGCAAAAAGUUGCGAUGACAUAUGGCUGUCGAAAGAUCUUUCGGGAUCUAUGAUGUUGUAUUUUGGUAUCAUGGAUCUGAGUUUAAAUUUUGUCGAAGGAACUUCUGGGAUCCAAGAUCUUUUGUGAAAACUUGUCGAAUUAUCUUCUGGAAUCUUGGAUCUGGAGACUUUUUCAAGCGAUCUUCUCGAUUUUGGACCUUUCUCAUGUCUUCCAGGCACAUGUCUGCAUGGCAGCACUGGGAAAAUUUCCCCAGCUAACGUUGAAUACGUUGGACAUGUUCUGAAUCCAAAAGCGUGGCAUGUCAGCUUAUCUAACAGAGCUAUCACCAGCAGCGUAGCAAGCCUUGCGCCCAGGAGGAAAACAAUACGGGCAAAGGGCGCCCACUUCGUCGAAAAAGGGGUCCCGUUUUUAUCCGUGAUUCCACUUUCAUGCCUCCACGGUCCGUUUUUGAUGUUCUAGAAGGUCUACGGGAGUUGUUUACACCCAAAAUUCUUAGGGCCUUCAAACCCAGGGGGCUUCGCUACCUCCAUGGGGGGGGGGGGGCAUGCUCUCUCCACUGGCGACUAACUGACCAUGACUGCAUGAUGGCGUUUACCUUUUUAUCUCGUCCGCCAUUUUUGCUCCGCUUAGCUUUGUCGCGGUUAAACGAGGGCAGUGGCAAAUUCUGACCUUAGCUCGGUCUUUACCCACUGUGUCCAAUUAGUCUGUUUCAGAUAUUUAUGUUACCAUUUGUCUUCAAAAUUGACCGUAUGCAUCAGAAAGCAGCACUUUUAUGCGUUUUGUUCCGUGCAUUAAGUGACUGAGCAUGGAAGGUUACUUAUACACGAAUGGGUCAGGCCGGAUAACAUUAGAUUUCUCACAUAACCCACCGUCAAUGGCCCCUCUUCAAUGGCCUCUGGCCUUGAUCAUCUGGCUACAGCUCAGUUAGAGAGAGCAAAGCGUUGCGCGGUGCCCAGCCCCUUUAUCUGGCGCGCGAGCGAGUGCUGCCGCCGGGUGAGGGCUACCAUGUCUGCGACGGGCAACGCCGUCCAAAAUAAUCGGACGCAGUAAAAAAAAAAACGAUCACGUAGGGAGUCACCACAGACGUCACGCAUACAUUACAUUUGGGGACUAAAGAGCAGCACGCGUGGCACACCAGACAGUUGGCACCGACCGGGCGAGGUGUCGCUUGCGGUGCAAACCUGGCUGGCGACGCGGACGGGUUAUCAGGCGGCGAUAACAGACGACACCGAUAGCCAGGGAUUGGACCCCAGUCUAAACAGCAUGACAUGUGACUUUGGUGUGUGUGGGAUGACUAAGAGAUCUCAUAAUAUGGUAAAAUCCUUUACCUUGUUAUGCUAUGGUCACCAUCAAUACAUGUGCAGUUGAUGGUGAUCAUUGCAUUGCGGUCACUAUCAACUCCCAGACGCAUACGUGGGAACUGAUGGUGACCAAAAUGAUCGGCAUCAAUUUUUCCAUUUACGAUAUGCUUUCCUACCCUGCCAAAUGACACACAAUGAAAGACAAGUCGACGACUGACCGUAGUCGGAUUGUGGUAUCCUUUCGGUGCCACAGAAUGGCCCAACAUAAGUAAGCACGCUAUUUUUAAUCUCUAAAAGCAGAGGUGCGAUGCGCACUACAUCUGAAGGCUCUUGUGAACCAGAAUCGUGGCCAAGUAUGAGACGGUUGGGUCCGGGGCAUCCUUGGAUUUUUCAACCAGUAUAUACACAGAAGUAGGGAUGCCGUUCAUACAGUGGUUACUUUUGUAUGUUACGCCUUUCACAGGAUAUUUUCAUGUACAAGGGCAUAAUAAACACGAAUUUAAGCCAUCAGUUGGACCCAUCCACAUAGAACGAAGGUCUUAAAGUCUUCAACUAUUCAUCAACCAUGGCUCGUUGCGGCUGUAAAGAGAUUCAAAUGGGGAUUGCAGCCCACCUUCCGGGUGGACUGCAAUCACACUAUGAGAGAAAUGAUUGGGCUACACUCCUUUUUAAGCAAGAUUUUGUCCACCCAUCAUUUUCCAUCAAUUGGGUUCUUACCAGCUAACCACAGCCACUGCAUCUACCUAUGGCACCAGACAAGUGAAAGCAAUGCCAGACUCGACACUCCAUCAUAAGCGGCAAGUCUGAGCACGUCUGAUCAACUGUCCAGGCCUGCCCUCUCGCAUCGGUCAUCCCCGGCACGCUAAUACCUCCGUCCACCGAGCCGCGAUUACAGGGGUAGAGCGGGCGGCAGGGGCCUGCAAGCGGCCUUUCUUAUGGGCCAACGACCUCCAUUCUGCCACCCUUCAGGGGAGGAGCGGCCAAACACAAUGGGUGCGUUUACGGGACACUGCACAUGGAAUGUGCAUCCUUCCAAACAGAAGUGCUUCGGUUUGAGCUGUCACGAGGAGCGCACUAGCGCGCGCGUCCUGGUUGGCUGACAGUAAACAUUGGGAUAGCAUCUUGCCGCGCAUUUUGCAGCGCAAUCAACUGGGCGACCCAACAUUUUUUCUGCUCAUUGCAUACAUUCGAAACCCUAUAUUCGAUUCGGACCAUUUCAUUCAAGCUCUUCUUUGCCGAUUGUAAUGAUUUACACAUAUUACACAACUGUGUAAUCGAGAACCAGCGAUAACAUGACUAUUCCAUUGCAAGCUAUGUUAAGGACGGAGAUAUAAGAUACCUCUAACCAUAUUAUGCAUGGUCUGGUAAUGUAACUUGCUCAGCAAUAAUAGAUGCAUGUUCAAGCCGCAGCGCCAUUUUUCCGGGUUCAUCUAACACGCGUUCAGGUGGGGUCAAUUUGCCCCCCCCCCCCCGAAGGUUUUUUCAGAAUGGUUUCCGAACGGUGCGGCAUAACCGCGCAAAAUUUUAGAAGCUGCAGACAACUGAAUAGCGGGUCGUGUGGUGUUAAAAAAAUAGAUUUACUAUAUAAGGUCGCUGCCUGCGGCAGGUCGUCACCAUGGACUCAGCGAGGUCACUUUCCAGGAAAUCGUUCAAUCUGCUGCAACAAUGAAGUGUUAGACGUGGUCAUACGUCUCCGAAAUACUUUCUUCCGCAACACAACAAUUAAAUGAACAAGUUUCAUUGGCCUAGGGUCAGGUAUGAGGGUCAGAGCAAGAUCAAACCAACAUGUUUUAUCCCUCUGAGGCUUGCUGUAUGGAG